UGAAUGUCGUGAACCUAUCGUUGUGUUCGUGUCCGAUGUGUAGUGAAUGUCGUGAAUCUAUAAAUGUGUGCGUGUUAAGGUCAUUUACCAACGUGGUGGCUUUCACAUAUAUUCACAGAUAGCACUGUACACAAAAGGGUUUUGGGGGGAAAGACGUACGAAAGUUUCCAGUCUUGGUAUUUUUUGUUUAUGCUUCGGGCUCUCUUCAAUUCUUCAUGGUAUAGUUCGUCGAUGGGUAUUAUAAAUAAUUAUAAUAACAAUGAAUAAUAUUUCACAAAACCUUGAUGAUGAAGGUGGGUAUUGUAAAUCAAUCACAGAUCUAACUUGUCGUGUAUGUUUAAAUGUCGAAGAACUAAUGAUCAAUAUUUACGAUGAAAUCGAAGAUCUUCAGUCAAAUUUGGUUGAGCUCAUACACACUUGCGGUGGUUUGGUCGUGGACCGUUCCGACUAUUUCCCAAAAUUCCUUUGUAAUAUAUGUGCAGGAGAACUUCUGAUAGCUGCUAAAUUCCGUGAAAAGUGCGCAAAGUCAAAUGAACUCCUUAUUAAGACUCUAAACCCAAGCGCCAAAUCAGAAGGAGAAUGCACGUAUAUAGAAAACAACUCGCAACGGUUUAUUAUAAUCGACGAUGAAAAUUAUGAUACCAACCAAAUUGGAACUCUGUCCUAUCCCUAUGGUAGUCUGUCCGACGAUAUACUAAACGAAAUCAUUAUCGAAGAUGUUGAAUCCAAAGAAGAAAGUGAAUACAAGAUGGAAGGAAACCAGGGUACGGGGACUUUAAUCCGCAAUAUAACUGAUUUAAAUCCUCUAGUUGAAGAAAACGUUGAGGAGGAAUUAAACCAUGAUAUUUUUGGAAGCUGUUGCGAUACCCCACAGGAAAACAUAGCGAAUCAAGCUGAUAUCGUUGACAUCUCUGGUAUCGAUGAAACUGUCACGUUGGUCGAAUUAGUUCCAAAAAAGUCUCAAAAGAUGAAAAAAGCUAAUAGAAUCAAGGAAAUCGCACCUCUUAUUUUUGAUUGUGAAGAAUGUGGAGCAGUAUUUAGUAAUCAUGAGAACUUAAAUCGUCAUUACCAACGCAAUCAUCCAGAAGUCAAAGAAAAAUUAAAAAAAUGUUCGACUUGUUUGCAUUCAUUUUUUAGGCAAGAUUCUCUCGAAAACCAUCUUCGAACCUUACACGGUGAUAGCACAAUAAAUCCAAAUACUCGAUUAAAUGUAAAAGACAAAGGUCGUCAAGAGACUUGUACUAUAUGUAGCAGAACUUGCGUAUCAGAGUCUAGUCUUAAGAUUCAUAUGCGCAGUCAUACAGGCCAUCGUCCUUUUGAAUGUCCAGAAUGUCAAAAAACUUUCAAGACUAGAGUUGCCGUAAAACUUCAUUUGAAAAGGCAUUCAGGUCACUUUGACUGGGAGUGCGAGGUAUGUGGAAAGGGUUUUGUUGAAUCGAGUAAUCUAAAGGUACACAUGCGGACACAUACUGGCGAAAAACCACAUUUAUGUAAACGUUGUGGAAAAAAGUUCUCACGCGUGUUUUUACUUCAACUGCAUUUGCGAACUCAUACCGGCGAAAAACCUUACAAAUGUUCCGUGUGUGCAAAAGCUUAUAGUCAAAAAUGUGAUUUGGAUAUUCAUUUUAGAAGUCAUACGGGAGUUCGACCGUAUGUAUGUCAGAUAUGCUUUAAGACCUACAAUCGAAGCUAUGCUUUGCAGAAGCACAAACAACAACAUAUUGAAUAGAAAUAUAAAGCUUCUAGUUUAUAAAAUUGUAUGAAA